AAUUACGAUCGGUGGUUCCCAUUCAACAAUAUAGACAUGUCAGGAGCGUCACUCUAUAUUUUUGUUCUAUCGCUUCUUGUGCAUUAUUUAUGCGCUGGACCAGCGAAGCUGAUGGAUUCAGCGUUGUUGAGUAAUGCCACAACAUCACUGCAAUACAAUCAGACGACUACAACGACAAUUGAGUCGUUGCAGAAAAGAUAUGCCAAUGACAAGAAUACUCAAUCGACUGGCAACGAUGACCGACAACAGUUAUCAACUAUCGAGCACAUUGAGGGAUACGACACUGAGAAUGAUCCUUCAAGUGUUAAUCAGGUGGCACUACCAACAUUGGAGAAAGGAAUGUGCAGCAAUGAAUCGCAGAACGUUAGCUAA